AUGGGAGGAGUACCAGAUCAAUUGAAAACAGUUUUAUCCGAAAUUGAUAACAAUACCAAGUCAAUUGGAAUCUUGAACCAAUUUCAAGCCCAGACCGGUUUACCAAGAUCAUAUGCUGUCUUGGGUGGAUUUGGACUCUAUUUUGUUCUUGUCUUUUUGAACAUUGGUGGAGUUGGUCAACUUUUGUCCAACAUUGCUGGUUUUGUUGUUCCAGGUUAUUAUUCCAUCUUGGCUUUACAAACAUCAACAUCAAAAGAUGACACUCAAUUGUUGACAUAUUGGGUUGUUUUUGCCUUUUUCAAUGUUAUUGAAUUUUGGUCCAAGGCUAUCUUGUAUUGGAUUCCAUUUUACUACUUGUUCAAGACUGUAUUUUUGUUGUACAUUGGUAUUCCAAGUUUUGGUGGUGCCAAUGUUGUUUACAAUGUUAUUAUUAAACCAAUUGCUGACAAGUAUGUGCGUCCAGUUCAUGAAAGUGAUGCUGCUAGCAGAAUCAAUGAACAAGCUGAAGGCGUUUCCACUUCUGUACACAUUUAA